AUGAUCUUCAAAUUCGAAAUAAAAAAGCUGCAGAAAGGGCGAGUCCGGACCAAGACGGUGAAGAAGGCCGCCAGGGUCAUCAUCGAGAAGUACUACACGCGCCUGGGCAGCGACUUCCACACCAACAAGAGGCUCUGCGAGGAGAUCGCCAUCAUCCCCAGCAAGCCGCUGCGCAACAAGAUAGCC